GGCGGCGGCCGGAACGGGCGGGGCGAUGCCGGCGUCCGGCGGGGACGGCCGGGUCUGAGGGGAGCAGCGGCCGCGCUCCCGCCGGCAGGUUGAUUCCGCUUUAGGAUAAUGGCAGGAAAAGUAAAGUGGGUAACUGACAUAGAAAAAUCUGUUCUAAUAAACAACUUUGAAAAAAGAGGAUGGAUUCAGGUGGCAGAAAAUGAAGACUGGAAUUUUUAUUGGAUGAGUGUCCAAACAAUCAGAAAUGUGUUCAGUGUGGAAACUGGUUACCGCCUCUCUGAUGACCAAAUUGUCAAUCAUUUCCCAAACCACUAUGAACUGACCAGAAAAGAUUUGAUGGUAAAGAACAUCAAGAGAUACAGAAAAGAACUUGAGAAAGAAGGAAGUCCUCUUGCAGAAAAGGAUGAAAAUGGGAAAUAUAUUUAUUUGGAUUUUGUUCCUGUGACUUUUAUGCUUCCUGCUGAUUAUAAUCUCUUUGUUGAAGAAUUCAGAAAGAAUCCUUCCAGCACAUGGAUUAUGAAACCUUGUGGCAAAGCUCAAGGAAAAGGAAUAUUUCUAAUCAAUAAACUCUCCCAAAUUAAAAAAUGGUCUCGAGACAGCAAAACAUCUUCGUUUGUGUCUCAGUCGUCCAAAGAAGCCUAUGUGAUUUCACUCUACAUCAACAAUCCCUUACUAAUUGGUGGAAAGAAAUUUGAUCUUCGUCUCUAUGUUUUGGUCUCUACCUAUCGUCCACUGAGAUGUUAUAUGUAUAAGCUUGGAUUUUGCCGGUUUUGCACAGUGAAAUACACACCAAGUACAAGUGAACUGGAUAACAUGUUUGUACAUCUUACAAAUGUUGCCAUUCAGAAACAUGGGGAUGAUUACAACCAUAUCCAUGGAGGCAAGUGGACAGUGAGUAACUUACGCCUGUAUCUGGAGAGCACCCGUGGAAAGGAAGUCACCAACAAAUUGUUUGAUGAAAUCCACUGGAUAAUUGUGCAGUCCCUGAAGGCUGUUGCGCCUGUGAUGAAUAAUGAUAAACACUGCUUUGAGUGUUACGGAUAUGACAUUAUCAUUGAUGACAAGCUUAAGCCCUGGCUAAUUGAGGUUAAUGCUUCCCCUUCUCUUACUUCCAGCACUGCUAAUGAUCGCAUCUUGAAGUAUAAUCUUAUUAAUGACACGCUUAACAUUGCUGUGCCUAAUGGGGAAAUUCCUGACUGCAAAUGGAAUAAAUCUCCACCAAAAGAGGUUCUAGGCAAUUAUGAAGUCUUAUAUGAUGAAGAGAUGGCGCAGAGCGAUGGGACUGAUCGUGACCUGCGAGGUCGUCCUGGACAGUCCACAGGGGUCAAAGGAAGCCGUGCAAGAGAUUCAGGAAAGCCUGUCCUGACCACAUGGAAGUGAUGACAGAAAAAACAGCUGCACUCUUGGUAGGAAGACAUCAAGAAUAACUUGAAGUUUUGGAAUAGAUUCCUGUGUUUUGCUACGUUGCAUGUAGAAAAUAUUAAAGACAAAAAAGCCUUUGAAAAGUGAAGCAAAUACUCAAAACCCAGAAACUGUAUUAGACAUACACUGACCUGAUAAUUAUUACAACAAUUCAUAUAGAGUGUGUAUAUAUAUAUACAAUUAUGUUUAUACAAUUUGUAUAAACUAAUUCUCAAUAAUGAUCAAGAACUUUCAUUAUAAAGAUGGCAACUCAAACUGUGCAUUCUGAAAGAAAUUCCUUGCUGUUCUGGAUAGUAUUUAUUUCCUCUAGUAGCCUAUCCCUUCCUGCCUGUAAUAAAUGAGCUGUGGAUUCUAUAAAAGGGUGAUGGUGGUAAGUAUUAAUAUUUUCACAGUGAUGGUUCAGAUUCUUGUAGUAAAAGAAGAGCAACUAGAAAAAAAUAGCAGUAUAUGUACUUGAGGCUAUUGCCAGUAAAUGCAGCUAUUGAUUUAUAACUAGUAUUAACAAAUUGAAAAGCAAGUCUUUAUAUGCAGAGGGUUGGGAGUUUUUAACUUCCUUUAAGUGUUCUGAGGUGCUAACUCUUUAAAGGUAGGAAGUUUUAUGGACUGAGGGAGUAUUUCAAUGGUAUAUUAAUGGACUGCUUCACUAGCCAUUAAUUUUUAUUUUUAGAUAGUGCAUGUCUGCGGAAAACAGACAGAACAACCAGAUACUGUGAUAAAUCUCACUGCUUGAAGCUGAUGAUAAAUCUUGAUUUGCACCAGAAUGUCUCAGUGUAUUUAUGCAUGUACAUACGUCAAAUACCUGCAUAUUUUUGUAUAUUUUAUUUAACAAAAAUAUUGUUGCAUAUGGCAAGCUGGUAGCUAUGAUAAGAAAAUUUGUGAUGAUUAGCUACCAAAACUAAGAUGCAAAACUUAGCUACCAAAACUAAGGAGCAAAAGAUAAAAAUGGGUAUUCAGUCUUCUAACAGUAAAGUGUAUAAAUAAAUUAGUGGGGUCUGUGAUUGGCUGUUUGUUCCACUUGACUUUCCAUCAGAUAUUGGCAGACCACCUGCAACUGCACCACUUCACCUGCUUUGGAAGGUCUUCCUAGAAGAGGGCACCAAACAGUAGUCCCUGGGACAGUUGAACACAGUCUGGCAAGAGCAGCUUGUGUUGGGGAGGGAGGGAAGAUGUGGGCUGGGUUGACCAAUACCCUUACACAGAAUCUGGGUUUAUCCUUGCAGUAAAGAAUGAAAUGUGUAGGCUGAGUCACUCAGAGCAUAAUCUUCAUUAAUCUUGUAUAUUCCACUAAAAUAAAAUCUAACUGAUUCUCUCUUCAUCAGACUUGAAUUUUCACACUGGCCAGUACAAAAGCAUACUCUAGUUGACUCUUGAAAUAAGUAAGACAAAGACAAGAUGAUCACUGCAGAAUGGUAAAACUCACCUAAAUUCCAGGUCUCAUAUUUUGGGAUUGGGAUUUUCUGUUUGGGUUUUUUGGUGUGGAGUUUAUUGGUGGUGGUGGUGGAGGGUUGAUUCAGUUUUUCACAGUUCCUAACUCUUGAGUCUUGCUUGUAUAUUUGAGCCUUGACAGGCAAGCUACUCUAAAGUAAAGGUGUAGUCAGAUGUGUUAAUCAUCAGUAGUGUUGUUUUAAUUGCAUGGUAUUUAGUGGGCAGAUGUUUCUGGUUUUACCCCUAACUACCUGUUAGGGAUAAAGUGAGAAAUAAUAACAGCCCUAGGGACUGUAGGCCUGUAGUAUAUAGUAUUUUGUAGUAUGAUUUUAUUUUUGGUAGACAGGUAACAUAACACAGGUACUGUGAUAGGAGGCAAAUGAAGCUUUCUCUCACUGCUUGUGAUUAAUUUCUAUAGUGGCUGGGACAGAGGAUGUGUUGUUGUGGUAUUCUUUUAUUGUAACAGUGGCACUCCUUUUUGGGGAAGGCUUCACAUGACAGUGAAACUAGGUCCGGGUUUUUAGGACUUACUGCUGUGGAAGGCUGUGGAGACUGAAUCCAGGGGAUACUUUUAGGUGUAAUUUCACAAUUACCCAGUACUGAUAAUAGCAUGUAAAUUAUCUUGGUUUUCCAAACAAAUUUCUUGGUGGUACUCUGUGUUGGUAGUGGUGUUAUUGCAGGUAGGCAGUGAAUUGAAUCAGGGCCUCCAGAGCAUAGACAUUAACAACACAAAAUACUAAUGGCACUAUCUGUGAUAUUACUAAUACUGAAUAUUCUUAUUUAAUUGUUGAGGGGGUUUCUGCUGGCUUGGAAAGGGUCAGCUCAUUUAAACUUGCAUCCUCAGUAUUCAGUAUUUCGAAAGUCAUUACUGGAAAUCUUGCAGUUGCUUUCAAAGAUUUCUGUCCCAGUGUAUAGCAGAGACAUUCAGUAAAAUAAAGUAUUUGUAAAGAAGCAAUUUAUAUGGAAAAUGUUUUUGCAGUAGACCUGUCAGUUUUAAACAUUCAAAUCCUUCUCUCUGGCCAAGUGGAGUAUUGGGAAAGCAUAUUUCAAAUCCUUGAGGAUGAAACAUCUUUGUGAAAUAUCUAGUAAAUUAUCAGUACUACCUCAAAAUAAAAGCACUGAAACAUUACUAACUAGGGGGAAAAAACCAAAAAUAAAAACCUGACAGGAAUUUUUGACUAUGUAGUAAAUAAUCUCAGAACUAGAAUUAAGAUCUCAAAUGUUGAUACCACAUAUUAGUUAUAUCUCCAACCAAUGUAUUACUAGUAAUUUAUCUUGCUGACCCAAACAUUGAUUUAGUCAUGCAAUGUUCCCUUUAAAGAGCAAGAAUUCAAGGACACUGCAAAUGCAGUGACUCUUCCUGAUCGCAUUACAUUUUCUUUUUGAAAACAAUAGUCUAGUGAUUAUAUACAUCAGACUGCUUUCUCCUCAUUCCUUUUCUUGACAGGCUUUUUGCAGACAUUGAAGUUUGAAGCCUAAUUAUAUUUUCACUUCCAACAUAUGAAAACCUAUGUAUGUAAAGGGAGUUUUAAGGAACAAAACUGAAAUAACAUGGAAUUUCAAUAUACUAAGAUUGGUUUUCUGAUUAUCAGUACUAAACUGUCCUGGUUUCAACUGGGAUAGAGCUAAUUUCUUCUCAGUAGCCGUUGCAGUGCUGUUUUGGGUUUGGAAUAAGAAUGGUGUUGAUAACUCACUGAUAUUUUGGGUUUUUACUAAGUUGUAUUUAUCCUAAGUCCAGGACUAUUUUUUUGUGUUGUCUCUUGUUCUGCCAGUGAGGAGGUACGCAGAAGGAGCACAGCUGGGACAGGUGACUGGAACUGGCCAGGAUGUUCCACACCAUGAAAUGUCAUGGCCAGUCUCUAAACUGGAGGUGUUGCUCAACAGGGCUGAUUUGGGUUUGGGAAGAGGGGGUGUGCAGGUGGUGAGCAGUUGUAUUGUGCAUCACUUGUGAUUUUUUUCCCUGUUAUCAUUAUUAUUACUACCACUACUAACCAUUAUUAUUGCAUUUUAUUUUACUUCCAAUUAUUAAACAAUUCUUAUCUCAA